CUUUACUAUCAAAACAAAAAACAAAAUGCAGUAGUGCAGUUAGUACUCAUAAAGUUCGAAGUUAGUAAGCGUUUUAAGAGUGUGUUUUUAUUCCUCCCAGCUUUAAUUAACUAAAGGAUUUCAAAACUCUUCACUGUAGAGGGUUUGGCAUUUGUGUUCAAUUUAAUUUCCUCUCUUCUGUGAAAUCUCAGUAGCAAGCGCUCGUGCUGGAGUGCUGGAGUACAUAACUAAAAUGUUUUCAUCCUUUGUUUUUCCCAAAUUAGUUGACUAAUUUUAUAUGCUUUGCUAAGUGUACUUCCUAAUAUUAUUGGUAUUAAACAUUUUGACAUUUUUCUUGGGCAUUAAACUCACAUUGUGCUGUACUAGUGCCUCGCACACCAUGCACCGAUUUUGCAUCAAGGAAAAGCCAGUCGGGGUUUUGAUGCCUCAAAAGAUGAAUUUUUGGAUGAACCUGUUUUAUAUGUGAGAUCAGCUGCUGACAUCCUAAUGUAUCGGUAAUUUUGUCUGAGACUGCAAUAUUUAAAGGAAGCAGGCAAAAUGGUGACGCAUACAUGUGGCCUGUGUUCAAAGGUCUUCCGCAAAAAAUGGAACCUAAUCGUCCACAUGAAGAAUGUGCACGAUAUCAACAUGGAUGAAAAGCUAAUCAGUUGUGCAACGUGCGGAUAUGGAACACAUGACCGGCUCCGCUUCCGGCGGCACAUGACCAGGCACCACCCAGACAAGCCCCUGGAUCGGUCGGCAUUUGAGAUGACAAGUUGCAAUGCAUAUAAGCUAAUUGAAUGCAAGUUGUGCAACCGUGUUCUCCGCUAUCAGAACAUGAGAUUGCAUCGAGCUAGAGUCCAUAAGAUUGAAGACAGCCCAGGUACGGAAUACGAAGGCAUCAUGUGCGAUGAUCCUGUCAACCCCAACCCCAACCGCCUCCGAGCACUACUCGAAAACAAAGACUUAGGUUAUGAGGACGUUGCAGAAAAUGAAGUCUCAAGUGGACAAUCGAAUCUUCCGGGAAGCAUCAAUCAAGGAACUUUGGACCCUGAUCAGCCUACACCUCAACCAGCUGAGCAGAUGGAAAUCAAUCAUGAAUCAGAGGACUCUGAAGAAGAUACAGAGGAAAAUGCGAAAAAAGCCUUUAAAUGUUCCAUGUGCACGCAAACAUUCCAAAAGAUGAAAGCGCUAAAAAACCACCUACAUGUAGAACACAAUGCAGCCGAUAAGCAAGACCACAAAAAAACCUGCCCAAUAUGCCAAUAUCAUCCACUUGGUAACACAGUUUUUGAAAUGGUCAAGCAUUUUCAUACCAGUCAUGGCAUCGAUGUUGAGGUUGUUAAAUUCCGCUUCAAAUCUGUACAAGAGUUUUUUGCAUGGAAAUUGAAAGAAGAGGCUGAAACAUGUUCAAAAUUUAGUGGGAGACGAAAGUUUAGCCUGCGAGAUUGUAUAACAUUUAAAUGUAACAGAUCUGGAUUGAGGGUUUCCAAAAGUAAAGGUAAACGCAAAUGUCAUACAAAUUUCUCCAGUAUAAAAAUCAAUGGUUUUUGCCCAGCAAAUAUUCGCGCAACAAGAAACCCGGAUGACUCAGUAAUUGUCCAUUACAUGAAAACUCACGUCGGUCAUGAGAAAGAUUUCAAGUCAGUGUAUCUCACAGAAGCUGAGCGACUGAAGCUCGCAAAUAACCUUGCUUCGAAAACACCAGGUAAUGUUGUAUGGCAUGAUGUUCGAGGUCCAGUCUAUUUUGAUGAUCUUGUGCAGCCAGUAACAGCUGCACAAGAAGAGCUUAAAGCUGCAAGGAAAGAAAUCAAUGUUUGCCUUGAGUCAAAGAAGUAUGACCAAGAUGCCAUCGCAGCAUGGGUUAAAGAAAGGUGGAGUACAGGAGAGUAUCCAUUGAUCUAUUUUAAAGAACCUGGAGUCCCUGAUGAAUUGUCCCAAUUCCAUAUUGAAGACUUUGUUCUCUUCUUCAUGUCAAGCUAUCAGAAAGAAACCUUUGUUAAACACGGUAAUGACAUAAUUUGUUUUGAUGGGACUAACAAUGUCAAUAACCACUCCAUUCAAAUGUACACGCUGCUAGUCUCAGAUGAGACUUACACCGGCUUCCCUUGUGUUUUUCUUUUCAGUAAUCGUAAUGAUAGCUAUGUCUUCAAAUUUUUCUUCCAAAAAAUCAGAGACUGCAUGGGUGUUCUUGCACCCAAUGUUUUCUUGACUGAUUUUACUGCCUGGUAUUAUGAUGCUUGGUGCAGUGUGAUGGGUGUUGCUCCCAAAAAAUUGUUGUUGUGUCCCUGGCGUGUCACAGAAAGCUGGCGCGGCAAGCUAGCUGAAUGUGUAAAAUCACAGGAAAAGCGUCGUGCGUUUUUCAAAACCCUUGAAAACCUGCUGUACACGGAGAGCGAAGAAAGUUUUAAUUCUCUCUUGGAAGAAAUGUAUGUCACUUGCAACAAUGACCCAGAGUUGAUUGAAUUUGCAAAUUUUUUCUUUGACCAAUAUUGUAAGAAAUUUAAUGUUGAAUCUUGGGCAUACUGUUACCGAAUAAACAGUCAAUUCAACUGUCAUAUGCAGGUUGAUUCUUACAGACACAUUCUGAAACUCUGCCGUCUGUUCGGGACAAAAGCUGCCAUGCUUGACAAAACACUCAUUGCAAUUCUUCGGCUAAUGGGCUCAAAGUUGACCAAUAUGCUUGUAAAAAUGAGUCAAACCAAAAUACUCUCAAAACUCCAUGCAUUGAUGCUUCAUCAUCGCAAUUGUUUUAGAACCGAUAUCUCUGCUGUAAGCAAGGACGGGGAAGAGUGGAAUGUUACCUUGUCAGAAAAUCAGCAUAAUGUGAAACCAGGGACAUUUCAUGUAAAAAAAAUCGGUGAGUGUUGUAAGGAAUGCUCAUUACCAUGCACUGUCUGUAAAUCCUGUUAUCAUGAGUAUUCAUGCAACUGUUGGGAAUACAACCAUCAUGGUCAAAUGUGUGAACAUAUUCAUUUGGUUUGUCGAGCAGUGAUUGCAGAACAAACAGUGGACAAGGACAAUGAACCAAGGAUGGAAAGCCAGGCUGAGAGCCAGUCAUCUGAGACUGAUAACCAAGCAGAUGCGGAUACCACAAUGGCAAUGGAAAUUGAAGAAGGAGAGGUAGAUCCUGUGAAUAUGCUCGAGUUGAAGAUGGCAGAAAAUGAGGCUGAAAAUUUUGCAAAGGCUCUGGAAAGCACACCGCAACAAAAACUUAUUCAACAGUUCAAUAAAAUUGUGACGACGAAUGUCAAAACUCAUGCUGAUGUACUGUUUGUUGAUAAACUGUUGAAUUGUAUUGAACCUAGCCUCACCUUGCUAAGGAAAAUGACAGACAUCACACCAGAAAGAAUUGAUCAACAAAUCGCCCAUGUCUUGAAACAGACUCAAUCAUCAAAGCUCUUAAAACAGUUCAGACCCUCAAGCCACAAAGGCACUGAAAAGCUUGAAAAUUCUGAACCUGUAAUUGAGUCGGUUGAGCCAUUAAUCAGAAGAAUGGAUGAACCAGAAAUGAUCGAUGAGCAAACUCCAACAUGUGAGAGUAAGCAAAAAUUGAUUAAAAGUCCUAAGAAAGUUUCGAAAACCAUUAACAAGAAAGAACCUCCAACCUCAACACAUGAGGAUGUCGGGCAUGUUUUUCAACCCGAAAUAGAUAUCGAUGACUCAAUGGACCUUAACCCCAGUCCAAAAGUCUCAAAUAUGGUUGAAUUUAUCAAAUUAAAUCACAGCUAUGCAAAAAAGUUACCAGUGCCUCUCAUGCCAUCAACCAAAAAAUUAUUGAUUGGUCAACAAAAAAUGCCUCAUAAAAACAUCACACAUUCGUCAAAAAAUUAUAUACCUCUUAAAAUUGAUACUCGGGUCUUCAACAGAGUAAACCCGAUAUCAGUUUUAAAAGCGAACAGCAGCCAGACAACAAAAACUGCUGCAGGAUCAGCCAAAAAAACUGCACUUGUUAAUAUAGGAACUUCUGCCCCUAAACGAGUUUUUAUUCAACGUCCAAUGCAAAAAGUCACGGUUCCUAAAAAUGGACCAAUAAGAGCACAAAAUGUCAAAAGUUCGUCAACAUCACAGGCUUCUAAACCAUUGCUGUUAAAAAUUCUACCAAAGCCAGACCCAGGAACUUUACCAGAAACAGUGCCAAUACAAAAACCUAUUCUGCUCCAAAUUUUACAAAACCCGGAUUCUGCGGAAUCUAAAGAGCAAACGCCAAUCCAAAAUCCUCAACCAAUCUUGUUCACAAUUCUCCAACAGUCCGAAACUUCUAGUGUCGGUGAUUCAAAAAAUCCGGCUGGAAUAGUCACAAGCAUUGUACCAACUCCUGUAAAAGUAAUUUCUCAGAAUGAACCUACAGUAGUUUCAGAGCAGACACCAUGUGCACUUUUCUCAUCAGUCAAAACUUCAACAGAUGCUGACAGUCUCAAUGUGACAGCAGAAAAAAACCUGAAAUCCUCAAUUAUUUCAGAGAUUGUCGGAAGCAGCCCUGUAUCUAAAAUCGAAAAAUCAGAAGUGUUGUCUGAGGAAUCUAAGAAUUCUGAUCCUGUAACAAUUGUACCAAAUGUAUCAAAUACUUCAUCUUCUUCAAACUUGACAGAAGACGUUAGUCAGAGAGUGCCAGAUUCGUUUCACGAUUCGGACACAGAUAGUGCCUCGGACACAGAGAGAAGUCUCCAUCAUUCUGAGAUAGAUAUGGAUGAUCUUAUGAGCUAAAUACUACAUCAAAAGUUCAAAAGAUGUGUUCAGCAGAUGCUAAAUUGGAGGAAGAGAAAA